GCAGCGGGCCCCGCCGCCGGCCCCGCCCGAUGGCGAGGCUGCGGGAUUGCCUGCUCCGCCUGACGGUCACGAUCCGGUCCCUGCUCUUCUGGUCCCUGGUCUACUGCUACUGCGGGCUCUGCGCCUCCGUCUACCUGCUCAAACUUUUGUGGAGCAUCGGCAAGGGACCCGCGCAGACCUUCCGGAGGGUCGCCCGGGAACACCCUCCCGCGUGUUUGAACGACCCCUCUUUGGGUACCCACUGCUACGUGCGGAUCAAGGAUUCGGGGUUAAGAUUUCAUUAUGUUGCUGCUGGUGAAAGAGGCAAACCACUUAUGCUGCUGCUUCACGGAUUUCCAGAAUUCUGGUAUUCUUGGCGUCACCAACUAAGGGAAUUUAAAAGUGAAUAUCGAGUUGUAGCACUUGAUCUGAGAGGCUAUGGAGAAACAGAUGCUCCCAUUCAUCGAGAGAAUUAUAAAUUGGACUGUCUAAUUACAGAUAUAAAGGAUAUUUUAGACUCUUUAGGAUAUAGCAAAUGUGUUCUUAUUGGCCAUGACUGGGGGGGAAUGAUUGCUUGGCUAAUUGCCAUCUGUUAUCCCGAAAUGGUGAUGAAGCUUAUCGUUAUUAACUUCCCUCACCCAACUGUAUUUACAGAAUAUAUUUUACGACACCCUGCCCAGCUGUUCAAAUCCAGCCAUUAUUACUUCUUCCAAAUACCAUGGUUCCCAGAAUUUAUGUUCUCAAUAAAUGAUUUCAAGGCUUUGAAACAUCUGUUUACCAGUCACAGCACUGGCAUUGGAAGAAAAGGAUGUCGAUUAACAACAGAAGAUCUUGAAGCUUAUAUUUAUGUCUUCUCCCAGCCUGGAGCAUUAAGUGGCCCAAUUAACCAUUACCGAAAUAUUUUCAGCUGUCUGCCUCUCAAACAUCAUAUGGUGACCAUUCCAACGCUACUACUGUGGGGAGAGAAAGAUGCAUUUAUGGAGGUUGAGAUGGCUGAAGUCACAAAGAUUUACGUUAAAAAUUAUUUCAGGCUGACUAUUUUGUCAGAAGUCAGUCAUUGGCUUCAGCAAGAACAACCUGACAUAGUGAACAAACUGAUAUGGACAUUUCUGAAAGAAGAAAUAAGAAAAAAAGAUUGACUUUUCUAUAUCUUCUAUGAGGGGUCUGUAAUGAAAUCUCUAAGUAAUUUUUAAUAAUUAUUCAUCAACCUCUUUAAGCUUCAUUAGGAAAAAAUUGUUUUAAUAUGCUUUAUCAUGAAUAUCCUGACAAAUGAUACUGAAAAAAAUCUGAGAAUGUGUGAAAUUGUAAAAUGUUGAUUUUCUUCUGUUGGAUUUUGCACGGAAAAGAAUCUGCCUUAAAAUGUGUAUAUUGAUACAAAAAGGAAGUUGGGGAAAGUGGCUCUGUUUUGAUUUCUUGCAUUCUUUACCCUGUUAACAUCUGGUGCCUUUUACAAAUGUAUAUGGAAGAUUAGCUGCGCCAUAUUUAAAAAGGCAAACCUGCAAUGGUAUAAAUUUUCAUUUUAUUGUUCAAAACUUCUUUUUACUAUUUUUCAACCAUUAAAAAAUUCUAUU